AUCCUCUUUUAUUUAUUCUCCACCUUAGACACUGAACUACGUGGGUCUGGACUCGUGUUUAUAUAAAAAUCAGUCAAAAAAGGAUUCGCCUGUUCUCAUUCCAUCAUCUCUCUUUGCAUAAUGAGCUGCCCAAAAUUGAAUCCUUUAGAGAUUCCAGAAAUUGUUUCGCGUGUUGGCGACUUCCUAAAGCGGAAAGAACUCUUACAUUGCAUUCGUGUUUCCAAAACUUUCCACAAUGCACUUGCCAAAUUCAUCUGGAAAAGGAUCUCCAUCGGCAGAGAUAAUUCAAGAUAUUUUACUGCCGAGGGACUGCAGAACUACAAGGAAUAUAUCGAGGGACUCGUGUUUUUUGACCACUUCCCGAGAGAGUUCAAGUCAUUACAAGGUUGUGGUCGUCUCAAGAGCAUAGGCUACUAUGCAGAAUCAUCUCAGGACCCUAGAGCCCCGAGCCAUCUUUCUAAGCUCGUCAAGGCUCACAGCUUCACAAUCACUGAGUUUCGCUUCAAUUGUCCAAGUUUACAAGGAAUAUGGAGCGCACUGUUGGAAUGCACUCACCUUAAAGUCUUGAACAUUUUCGGACUAACUAUACUUGACGAUGAAGUCGAUUUAUUCUUUCAAGUCUGCAAGAGAGUUAUGUACUUGACUGUGACCAGAGUGAACAUCAAUCAACUACCUUCCAACUUCAUGGAUGACAACACGGAUAAGUUCUUUUUCCCAAAAAUGAGCAUGUUACAUCUUCAUGAUGUGCAAAUAUCCAACCUUUCACAUCCGCACACAUCAUCGUAUUGCUUUGGGAUGUUGACUAGGAGAUGUCCAGGACUACGGUAUCUGGGCUUUAUUGAAAAAAACGAUGAUACUCAAAGUUUACGGCAAAUAUCUAUGGAUUUCUACAGGGCAGCAUUCCAUCAUCGUCCCUUUACACUAGCAAACCUAUCAGAACUAUGCUUUUCAAGGAUGGAGAUAAGCGACGAGGAUAUGGCAGCACUUCUCAGACAGAUGACUGAACUAAGACGGCUAGAAGUUCGAUGGUGUGAGUUCGGGCCACUCUCCCUUCGAGAACUACUAGCAGAUGAGCAGGAGGUUUCGGAAGAUGGACGGAUAGUACGAAAAAGAAGGAACCAGAGGCUUUGCGAUACAGUUGAGAUACUGGAAAUCAAUGACGAAAGUGAAAGAGCUGAUGGCAUUGUCCAGGCGAUUCUAUCUAACUGUCCACGCCUGAAGCGCCUGAGGGGACCUAGAAUGACGGUGACAGAGAUUGUCGAUGGUGCAGAAUGGGUUAGCACUAGGUUGUCUUUAAUAGCAGUCAGCCUUGUGGUUGAUGUUGAUCAGAAGACUGCAGAAGGCAAGGAGAAAGGACGCCUUGCGUAUGGACAGAUACGCAAGUUGACUCGGUUAGAUCCUUCUAAUUUUUCGUCGUACAGAAAACAGCUGUCUUUUGCAGACUUGACUCCAGAAAAAAAUCAGUCCUAAGGAAUCUAAGCUCGUUUAUCUUCAGAUUUAAUAGCUAGAUUGAACAAGGUGGAAUGCGAUAGCUAAAUCAGCGAGAAUUUAGGGAACAGAGCUAUUCUAUUCUAGUCUUGAUGUAUUGGUGAUAGUUUAUGGUUUGUCGUUGUAAGAGCACGAUUUUCUAAUAAUGAUAAUGGUCUUUGACUUGGUGCUUUGAAUGGAAG